AUGCAACCUCAGAUUCUCUUGGUCGCGGCCGCCAGCGCCGUCUUCGCCGCACCAGCUCCCGCCCCGGAACCGGCCAUCGGGGCUACCGUCCCCGCAUACCGCCUCAUCUGCUCCGGCGUCCAGAGGGGCAACAAGCUUAGCUUCGACAACAUCAUGUGGGCGAUCAAGAACCGAAGAAACGAGUUGGACCUGCAAGCGGGUUAUUGGAACCCAAAGAAUGUUGUCUGUACAGACACCGACAGGGAUAAGCAACACGCGAACGCAGUCGUCAUCACCUACAACCACCAACGCAACGUUAAUGCACAGACGACCCUCCGCGGAGGUGAAGGAGUGGUUUGCGCGCCGGCCAGCUGGUGGGAACGUACGAGCUGCCCGGAGUAA